AUGGCGAGCUCUGCAGAUAUCCAAAAAUUUAUUAAGGAAGCGAUUUCCCAAGACAAAGUAGUUGUAUUUUCAAAAUCUUAUUGUCCAUAUUGCGUACUGGCUAAAGAAGUUUUCAAAAAAGUUCAACAACCAAUAAAAGUUUACGAACUUAAUGAGCGCAAUGAUGGAGAUGCUAUUCAAGAUAACCUAAGAGAAAUUACUGGUUUUAGAACAGUUCCUCAAGUUUUUAUUAAUGGUAAAUGUGUUGGUGGUGGCACUGAUGUCGAAAACUUAUAUAAGACUGGAAAGUUGCAGCCAAUGCUUAUUGGG